AUGAAUAGGGUUUCACGUAUUUACGGCAAUUUACUCGAAGUUUUCAGGGCAUGUGGUGUGGAGACCAUUCAAUCGUCUGUGUUGUUCAAGCAGACCUAUCAAAGAGCGUUCGACAAAGAUGCCAACGGUCAGCUGAAAAUGGGAUUCAACGCGACGAUGGAGGUGAAGACAGGCAAUGGCCUACGCAUCGAAGGUGUCCUCGGAUGUUGUGCAAGUGGUAACGUCCGCAACGCGUGUGUUUCCGAUACGGAAAUGGGCAUAGGAGGGACAUGUCAGUGGAAGUUCUGCUCACUUACGCCAAGGACAACACUAUGUGUACUUUUCGAGAUAUCAGCGCAGGUACGUUGA